GUUUGAAACCCAACUUGCCGACUGUGAUGGAAAUCCUUUUUAUAACGUUUUGCCGCUUGUCCGAUAAAGUUAUUUGGCCAGUUUUGAAAUUUUUUAACCAAAACAUAUUACGUGGUGGGACAGAAUGCGGGGUUUCGAUUCUUAUUGAGAAAUAUGUAACCAUCAUAAAUAUACAGUGAUUUUGUUUGGAAAUGGUGUGUGCGAAAUCCUAUUGGUUUGUAUAUGUACGAGUAGAGUGCAAUGUGAUCACGUAAUGGCGGGUAAGGCGUUACAGUGGAAAUUGGUGGCGAAUCCCACUGGACCUCAACCCCGUCCUAGACAUGGACACCGUGCGGUUGCAAUCAAAGAUUUAAUGGUGGUAUUUGGUGGCGGAAACGAAGGGAUUGUCGAUGAACUGCAUGUUUACAAUACAGCAACAAAUCAGUGGUUCGUGCCAGUUACGAAAGGGGAUGUACCUCCAGGAUGUGCAGCUUAUGGCUUCGUUGUGGAAGGUACCAGACUCCUAGUAUUUGGUGGAAUGAUUGAAUAUGGAAAAUAUAGUAAUGAACUAUAUGAAUUGCAGGCAUCUAAAUGGGAGUGGAAAAAACUAAAUCCGAGAGAGCCAAAACUCGGCCCACCUCCAUGUCCUCGUCUAGGUCACAGCUUUACAUUGGUUAACGCCAGGGUAUACCUAUUUGGUGGUCUGGCCAAUGAUAGUGCUGAUCCAAAAAGUAAUGUUCCACGUUAUUUAAACGACCUUUAUACCCUAGAUAUACGUAGUAGUCCCAUACAAUGGGACAUUCCCCAAACAAAUGGACCUUCCCCACCUCCACGAGAAUCUCAUACUGGUGUCGCGUAUGUGGACAAGAAAAAAGGCAGAUCAUUCUUGGUAAUAUACGGUGGCAUGAGUGGAUGCCGUUUAGGUGAUUUGUGGUUCCUGGACACUGAAACAAUGGCCUGGCUGAAACCGCAGGUCUCUGGCCCCUCACCCCUGCCGAGAUCUCUUCACACAUCAACUCUCAUAGGACAUAGAAUGUUUGUUUUCGGCGGAUGGGUCCCUGUAAAGGCUGAUGAGGUUAAAACUGCUAGUAACGAAAAUGAAUGGAUGUGCACUAGCACUAUGGCAUGCCUCAACUUGGAAAGCAUGAAUUGGGAUGAACUCAAUAUCCACUCUGAGUCGGAAACUAGUUUACCUUGUGCAAGAGCUGGUCAUUGUGCAGUUGGAAUCAGCACCAGGCUUUAUAUCUGGUCUGGCAGAGAUGGGUACCGAAAAGCAUGGCAAAAUCAGGUAAGAGAAAGGGUUU